CCUUCCUCCUCCGUUGUUGUGUCGUCGCGCGAAGUGGUGAACGGUGUUUGCUGCUGAAGCCUGAAACUGAAUGCAUUGAGCUUCCAUAACUGUUUUCUGAACUAGUUUCGAUUCUUCUUCUGCUUUGUUAAUAGCCUAAGAUGACUCGUUCCAAAGCGAACUCGAAGAAACCUCGUGGUGUGGACUUCAAGAAAAUACGGCGGAAGAUUGGGAAGAAGCUGCCGCCGCCUAAGAAUGCAACGAACACGGAAAUAAAAUCUAAAGCGAUUGUUCUUCCGGAGCAGAGUGUAGCGGCGGAUAAAGCCGGCUUAGCGGUGAACAAGAAAGGUUUAACUUUGAAAGAGCUUCUUCAGCAAACAUCUCAUCACAAUGCCAAAGUUCGGAGAGAUGCAUUGGUGGGUAUUAAGGAUUUAUUCAAUAAGUUUCCAACAGAGAUGAAGUUGCAUAAGUAUGCUGCCAUUGAAAAACUUCGUGAGCGUAUUGGUGAUGAUGAUAAGGUGGUCCGAAAAACUUUGUAUGAUCUUUUUAAAUCAGUGAUUUUACCUGGGUGUAAAGAGGAUAAUCAAGAGCUGAUCGUUUCUUUGUUGAUGGCUUACAUUUUUAAUGCUAUGACACAUUUUUCAUUUGACAUUCGGAUCAUGGCAUUUGAUUUCUUAGACCUCGUCCUCCUGUUUUAUCCUCCUUCCUUUUCUUCUUUUGCAGAAAAGAUUUUUCAGAAUUAUGAGGAUAUUCUAAGGAAGAACCAGUACUUUUCCCAGGACAGAGGAAAACUAAAGGAUGCCCUUGCUGGAUUGAUCCGCUGCUUGUCACUCUUGCCAUGGAAUAAAGGAGAAACUAAUUUGGUUAAUAAGAAUGAGAAUGGUCGAAUAUUAUUGCAUGCUUUUCAUGAUGACAUGCCUAGGAGCCCCAAUGGUUUUUCCCAUAUCAUAAAGAAAUUGAGGGAUAUAGCGCCAUUAUUAAUAAAUAGUUUCCUGGAAUUUACUCCAUCGAUUACUGCUAUGGCAAGUAUUGAAGGAAAGUCUUUUGGCUGUAUGCUAUCUAUUCUUCAUGGCAUAGAUCUUAUAAUCAGGUCAUUUGUUUAUGGGGCUGAUAAAGAUUCAGAAUCUCCAAGUAUGGAAGGUGAACCUAAUGGGGCUAUGUGGGAUGUUAAAAUCUCUUCUAUACUGUUGAAGAAAUUAUUUCCUCUCUUCCCCCUCAGUCCAGCUCAUCAUCUUUCAGAAAAGGAUAACAAUAGAUUGGUUGACUUGAACAUGGCUGUUGCAAAAAUAUUUUUUGAAUUAAAUGAAUGGAUCUGUCUUCCUCCUGAUUUGUUGGAGAAAUUUCUUGAGUUUAUGGAACAUGCACUGCUUGGGCAGGUAUGUGAAGGUGCACGAUCUGAUAAUGCUGUCUCGGAAAAGCGUUUGAUUCAGCUCCUUCCUUUUAUUCCAAAAUUUGUUUCACGUGGGGCAAGCUAUUGGACAACUCGUCUUCUUCAGGCAUUUACGUAUAUAUUCAGGGAAAGCAAACCGGGUUCCUUAUUGAAAUUGGCCUGUCUAUCUGCAAUCGAAGACAUGCUAACUCCUAUCCAAGCCAUGCUUUCUCUGGAGACAAGCAAUCCAGAAAAUUUAAAACUUCAAGAAUCUUUAAUGGCUUGGAUUGCGGAGCUACCUCUUUUGCUGAUCCAGCUUGGAGAUAAUCACCCAGCCUGCUCUGAGGUUGCUUUGCGUCUUCAACUUCAUAUAGGACAACGUGCUUUUUCAAACUCAUCACUUGCUUGCAUGUAUGAUGACAUCCAAGACAAGUUGCAAAAUUUUUAUUGCACAUGUCAAGGAGAAGAAGGAAAGAAAUGCUCCGGUUCUUUUGUGAGGCUUCCUAGAGAAUGUCAAGAGCUCUCUUUGUGUUGCCUUUACUAUCUCUCUCAUCUGGACUGGCCUAUUUUAAAGUCAAUAGCUUGUUGUUGCUUAAGUCCUGAACUAGAUCCGUCUGUGUUAUUCCGUAUCAUUGAGAUUCUUCAUUCAGCCUAUAGGGAAGGGCAUAUAAAAAUUGCAGAUCACUUGAGUAUCUUCAUCACCUUGGUCCUGCGUUUUAAAGUUUCUCCUGAAGGUUCUUCUGGUUUGAAGAGUGACAUAUUCUGUCAAACGAUUAAGUCAAUGACAACUCUUCUCUGCUCAUAUAUGGCACAAAUUGGAGGCAAUUAUCUUGUUCUAAAUAUUAUAGAGAAAGUCAUAAUUGAUCAUAUACUGCUAAAGCCUCCUCUGGAUAACAGUUGUUCUCUCCUAAGAAUGAUUGUUACAGUUGAUUCCAAGCCAACGAGACUUUCUGAACAAAGUAUUAUCACACUAGGCACUUAUCUUUCCCAAUAUCUGAUUGAUGCUGCACAAUGCCUUCCAGAAGAUUAUGAUGGGCAGUGCAAAUCUUCCACUCAAUUAACCACUGUCCAUUACUAUCUCCUACCUUGCUUUUUCUUGUUUGAUCGGUGUCAUAAACUUCUGAAUCUAGUGUUAAAGACAAUGGGAUCAGCUGUAGCUGAAAGUAGUUUGUGGCCAAUAUCUGAUAAUUGCACUCAACAUCCCAAUAACUGGUUGGUCAGGGUGAAUGCUGUUGCUUCAGUACUUCUGUUGAUAAACAAGGAUCCCAAGAUGCAACAGAUAAUGUCUUCAUGCAAGGAAGGUGUUGAUAGCAUUAUACAGAAUGUUAGUUCUUUACAGUCAUCCGAGAAGAUAAGUAUGUCAAUUGAAGAAAGGCAUAAAAUAAAAUGCACAUAUGAUCGACUAGAAAUCUUAUUGAGAUAAAGGAUGCUUUGGAGGGAGAAACUGGUUCAUGUGAUUUUUUUUUUCAAGCUGCAAAUAGUUUGUUACAUACUCCUCAUGGCAGGCAGAAGGAUUUGGAAAAUGGUUUGUGGGAAACUCCAGAUUGAAACUGAUUAAGGAUAGACUUUGCUGGAGGAAUUUUGGCAUCAAUUUUAUGAAAUCUGAGUUCGUGCUUGCCACUAUCAACUAUUCAACUGCCUAUUAGUUUUUCGAAAGUUCGGUUUGUUAGCAAUUUUGAGGUAUGCUAGCAGUUUAGGGUUUAGGGAGUAGCAUACGUGUGGAAUACUGGGGAAAAAAUUCCCAUUUCUGUAUAUACGGAAUGUGACUAAUUAUCUCUUGCUGUGCUAGACUGCUAGUAAUUAUUUAUAAAUAUUUAUAACUCAAACAGCAUAAUUUCCCAUACUCACUUAGAUGUCGCG